UUUCUGCGACGCUUGUGGCAGAAGCCGCGUGAGGCAUAACCUCUUGAUAUUCAGUAGUAACAGUUAGGCUUUAAAAUGUCGGUUUUUCACGACGAAGUCGAAAUUGAGGACUUCGAAUACGACGAAGAAACAGAAACGUAUUACUUCCCGUGUCCCUGUGGAGACAAGUUUGCUAUCACAAAGGAGGAUUUGGAGAAUGGUGAGGAAGUGGCCACAUGUCCAAGCUGCUCGCUGAUUGUUAAAGUAAUUUAUGACAAGGAGCAGUUUAUGUGUGGGGAAGUCAUUGAUGCACUGCCUGCAUCAGAAACAAAACUGGAGGUGGCCCAGAGAUGACAGCUCAUCGUCUAAGCCAUCUAAAUCUAGGCCUAAAGGUUGUUACUGUGUAAUGAACAUUGGACCUGAAACCCUUACGUGAGUCAGAAUUGUGAAAGGAACCAUUGUGAAAGGAAGUAUCCCUCUCUUCUCAUGGACUCAAGACACUUGCAAAAGCAGCAUUUUGCACAUGGACUAUUAGUUUUAUAAAUGUUAUAAACAUAUUUAUUUUAAUAAUA